AUGAAUUCUUCACGCGCAUUGAGGGCGUUGGCUCCUAGGCUGCCAACAAGAGUCUAUCGCGGACCUCUACCAAAUCUCGCAUAUCAUGCGACGAAGAUGAGCCCUCAUACUUACAUAUCCCGCCUUCGUGGUAUUUUCCCUAUGCAACACCGACACCAGUCCACCACCACACCGACACCCCAAUCCACAUCCACACCCACAUCCACCAAAACCUCCAAUGUCAGCAACGAAAACGCCAAAAUCUCCUGUCAAUGCGGCACCGUCACCUUCCAUGCCUCCCUCCCCAAACCUCUAGGAGUCUACAUCUGCCACUGCACCGAAUGUCAAAAACAAUCCGCCUCCGCCUUCGGCAUAACCGCCAUGUUCCCCGCGGAGGGCAUGUGGCCUUUACCAGAGGACAUACAGCCACAUGUGGGCAAAUGGACUCGUACCGCCGACUCGGGGAAUACGCUUGAAUGUUACUUUUGCAAGUGUUGUGGAGUGCGGGUUUUGCAUCGACCAAUCCUGCCGGAUGGGACGGCGAAACCUAUGCUUUCGGUGAAAGGGGGUUGUGUGGAGGGGUUGACGUUGGAGGGUGCUAAACAUGUAUAUGUGAGGACGGCGCUGGUGCCAGUUCCGCCUGAUAGUAUAUUGGAGGUGCCGAGUGCGAAGCCUGAGAUCAAGGGUUGA